GCAGGGAGUUUUGAAACCGAGAACAACUCUUGAAGCCUAAACCUAACCCUAACGCUUCCCGAGGAGGCGCAGAGAGACUACAACUCCCAGAAUGCCUUGCCACAAACUCUGGAGGUCGCGCAUGCUGUUUCCUAAGGGGGCGGAGUUGCAGCCUGGAUGAAUUUCCGCAGUUAAUUUGAGUACGGGAGGAAGCUGUAGUGAUCUCCAUCCAGUUUAGUUAGGCCGAACCAAGGACAAGAACGAGGGAGAGGGAACUAAACUUGAUCGCCUCAUUGCGCUGUUCGGGAAACGCUAUAAAGAAAACAACUUGGAGAAAACAAGGGGUCUAAACAAGGCCUUACCCCUAGUUGGCUCUGGACUAAGUGACUACCAGAACUUUAAACAUCAAGUCCAGCUUUGCCCACCAACCUGUCUGACAUGUCGGGACCCGUGCCAAGCAGGGCCAGAGUUUACACUGAUGUUAACACGCACAGACCCCGGGAGUACUGGGACUACGAGUCACAUGUGGUGGAAUGGGGAAACCAAGAUGACUAUCAACUAGUUCGGAAGUUGGGCCGGGGUAAAUACAGUGAAGUAUUUGAAGCCAUCAACAUCACAAAUAAUGAAAAAGUAGUAGUUAAAAUUCUCAAGCCUGUAAAGAAGAAGAAAAUCAAGCGUGAAAUAAAGAUUUUGGAGAAUCUGAGAGGUGGCCCCAAUAUAAUCACGCUGGCAGAUAUAGUAAAGGACCCUGUGUCACGAACACCUGCCUUGGUUUUUGAACACGUAAACAACACAGACUUCAAGCAAUUGUACCAGACGUUAACAGACUAUGAUAUUCGGUUUUAUAUGUAUGAGAUUUUGAAGGCCCUGGAUUAUUGUCACAGCAUGGGGAUUAUGCACAGAGAUGUUAAGCCUCAUAAUGUCAUGAUUGAUCACGAACACAGAAAGCUGCGACUAAUAGACUGGGGUUUGGCCGAGUUCUAUCAUCCUGGCCAAGAAUAUAAUGUCCGAGUGGCUUCACGGUAUUUUAAAGGUCCUGAGCUUCUUGUAGACUAUCAGAUGUAUGAUUACAGUUUGGAUAUGUGGAGCUUGGGUUGCAUGUUGGCUAGCAUGAUCUUUCGGAAGGAGCCGUUUUUCCAUGGACACGACAACUAUGAUCAGUUGGUAAGGAUAGCAAAGGUGCUGGGGACAGAAGACUUAUAUGACUAUAUUGACAAGUACAACAUUGAACUAGAUCCACGUUUCAAUGAUAUCUUGGGCAGACACUCCCGUAAGCGAUGGGAACGUUUUGUUCACAGUGAAAACCAGCACCUGGUCAGUCCAGAAGCCCUUGAUUUCUUGGACAAACUGCUUCGAUAUGAUCACCAGUCACGACUAACUGCAAGAGAGGCCAUGGAACACCCUUAUUUCUACCCAAUUGUGAAGGACCAGGCUCGGAUGGGCACAUCCAACAUGCCAAGUGGCAGCACUCCUGUCAGCACCGCCAACAUGAUGUCAGGGAUUACUUCAGUGCCAACCCCUUCACCCCUUGGACCUCUAGCAGGCUCACCAGUGAUUGCUGCCGCCAACCCCCUGGGGAUGCCAGUUCCAGCUACCGCAGGCGCUCAGCAGUAAUGACAGCCUCUGUCUCCUGAUGCCUGAGCAGAGCCGGGCGGGGGAGGGGGUUCCACUCUCCAUCUCUCCCUUGAUGCAGUUGUGCCUGGCAGGGGAGGGGAUGAAACACUUCGGAGGCGCCGUGUCUGAACAGUUGCUUGUGGAUUUAUAGUAGUUCAGUCAUUAUAAAAAAUUAUUAUAGGCUGAUUUUUUUCUUUUUUUCUUUUUCUUUUUUUUUACUCGAACUUUUCGUAACUCAGGGGAUUCCCUGACAAAUUACCUGCAGAUGGAAUAUUUCACGGACGAUUCCCCCCAACCCAACCCCAAUCCCAAUUCUUCAUCUCAAGAACAAAGAUGAACCAACCCUUUUCCUGGCUGUUGCAUUUAGCUGGAAAUCUCUUCCAGUUCCCACCAUUACUCCUCCACCAGCCCACACCUUGGGAGGUCUGUUGUCUUUGUGCUCUUCUCCAGAGAUUACCAAAAUACAGCUUUUCCAGGGAAGCAGGAAGGAAGGGGAAGGAAGAAGAGGGCCCAAUUCUUCACAGUAAUGUACUGGUCACUUUAACAUUCAACUCCACAGGAGCUGGAAUCCAGUAGGGUACACUGGCCCAACCAGUGGAACACAGUCACAUAAAUGUUGAAAGCUUACCCAAAGUGCACACAGAUCCUAAAAACCUCUAUUCAAUAUGAAUCAUGUCUUAUUGACCUAAACCUAAAUCCAGCUCACUUGCAUGUAAUUUUAGUUUGAAAGUUUAGUUUGAAAAUUAAACACUUGCCUUCCCUUCUUCUCUUCUGCCUCCUCAAGUCUUCUUCCUUUAUUCCCCUUCCAGUCAAGGUUCCCUAGUAGAGUUGACUGUACUAUAGGUAAGAUCUUUUUUCACAUAGCAGAUGAGGGUGGGGGGGACAAGGAGAAACCUUCCCAGAUUUUUUUACUUGGCAGUUUUGCAUUAAAUUUGUUACUGGAUACAACCUCUUGCCUUUUUAAAGAUUAACAGCAACAAAAACCCCAAAAUGUUCUUUAUACCAAUUUCUUGCUAAUGGCUAUUAAAGAGCUAGAGCUGAUGGGACAUCAGACCACACCAAGUAACAUUUUGAGGCUUCUUCUCCCCCUUUCUCCCCCAUUUUCCCCUUUUCCUCACGUGCUAUCCAGUUGAGAACACUUGUGACCUCAGUCUCAUAAAUGUACACUGAGGGGCAGGAGCAAAGCAGUCUCUAAAUGAAAUUGAAGCAGUAGAUCCAUAGUUGUGGAACAAUAUUAACCGCUGACAACGACAAAGCACCCUUGUUUCAGCCCUGCUCCCCAUCCCUUGCUGUGUGUAUAUAUAUAUAUAUACUACUUUGUCCUUCCUAUGUGAAAGAUCCAGUGUUGGAAUUCUUUGGUGUAAAUAAACGUUUGGUUUUAUUUAUCAAGGUUAGAUUUAAGUCCCUGUGUAAAGGUUUUGCUGGAUGGGUGUGUCAUUCUACACUGAAGGGGCCUGCAGACAGCCCUGUGUGGAUUGGGGGAAGCAACCUCUUCCAUUCUCUCACCCACUUUGAAUGAUUUGUCAUACUGGGCAGUGCAGAGAAGCCUUCUAGAAACAUCAAGCCAAAAUGUUGGGGAAUAAGAAUCCUUUGCCAUAAAACUCCUUUUGUGUCUCAGCCAUGCCAGGAUUUGUGAUGGGUAAAGGUGUGUGUGUGUGUGUGUGUGUGUGUGUGUGUGUGUGUGUGUGUGUGUGUGUGUGUGUUGUGUGUACACAUGUACAUACAUGUGUACACUCUCCAUUGUAACCUAGCCACCAAACUUAUUGGGUGCACCAUUGGAGAAGCCUAGUUUUUUAAGCACAAUGACAAAGCAUCAGCUCUGGAUUUUCUCCCCUUGUCCCAUUGCAGUAGCUGCUUUUUUCAAGGUCAGGAAUUCUUUGCCAAUCCCUCCUUAAGCCCUAAAGUCUUUUCCCUGACCUUCACUGGUUCCACAAGCCUCUCACUUGAGUGUCGUGUAUAAGAGUUGCUUGGGUUGUCCUAUUUAAUAAACUUGUCUAACUUUAUAACCCAUUUUUGCUUCGGUGAAUGUACUCUGAGGUAUAGUGGUAGUAAGUAGCGAGUACUGGCUUGGAGGAGCAAUAGGAUUUAAAAGGAGAAAAUCUUGGCCUCCUUUUUAUCUCACUGUAUGAAGCCAAGGAAGAGCUGAAGGGGAGAAGUUCUUAAUGCACAUCAGUGUACUUUUAUUCCCCAUGACCACUUGGAGUAAUAUUUAUUAUACUUUUACCUAUUUAGGCCCUAAAAUGAUGUGAAAGCUACCAUAUUGACUUUGUGCAGGAACAGAUGGCACCAAACAUUGUGCCAGGGAUUCAAGUUGUGAUUAGGUUUUGCACUGAAUUGUGAUUUAAACAGGACUCUUUCUAAGGAAUCCUUCUCUUUUCAAAAGGGAUCGGAAAGUUGUCAAUAUUCAUUUCCUCCUAGUUUGGAAAAUAUAGUUGUAGCUGAGGUUGAUGAAGGAAGCUACAAAUAGCUGGAGGUUCUAACACCCAUCAGCCUUACAAGAAAUUGAAACAAGCCUGGAAGGACUCUAUAAAAUGCCACCCAUGGGCUUUUUUUUUUUUUUAAUGAAAAUAAAUAAUCAAAAAAAAAUAAA